GCGCGCGGCGGGGGCAGUGCGGGACGUGGCGGCGGAGCGGCGGCAGGCGGCGGCGCCAUGACCCGCGGGAACCAGCGCGAACUGGCCCGGCAGAAGAACCUGAAGAAGCAGAGCGACUCGGGCAAGGGCAAGCGGCGGGACGACGGGCUCUCGGCCGCCGCGCGCAAGCAGAGGGACUCGGAGAUCAUGCAGCAGAAGCAGAAGAAGGCGGACGAGAAGAAGGAGGGCACCAAGUAGCCCAGGACCGGGCCGCCCGCCGGCCGGAUGCCCUGCGCCGCCCCGGGGCCGGGCCGCGCCGCCGGGGCCCGCGGCAGUGCCCCGCGGCGCCGCCUCCUAUUAAAGUAGCUUGUGGAGCCCUGCA